AUGGACCAGCAGCAACCAGGCCAGCAGGGUCCUAUGGGCCCUGCAGGUCGUCGCCUGCACAUUGCGCAUCGUCGCAGCCCGUCUGAGCUGACUCCGCUGAUGACUCCAAUAGUGGAACAACUCGCCAUCGCACAACAAAUCGAGGUCUUACAACAGCAACAGCAGCAAAUCGCUGCCACACACCAACAAUAUGUCAACAUGGGCAUGAUUCAGCCGCAGCAGCAUCUCGGCAACUUCCAGAUGCAGGGCCAGAUGCCUAAUGCUGCAUCCAACAACUUCCAGUUCCCACAGCAAAUGGCUCAACCGCAUCUCGCCGUCCCUAUGAACGCUCCUGCUCAGCCUGGUGCGCACCGUCGCAACCAGUCCGCCCUUCCCAAUGUCGGCUUGGGUGGUGCUCCCGCUGCGCCUUCCUCCGGCACGUCUGGCUUCGGUGAGUUCAGCGCACAGCAAGGCACUCAGGGCAGAGAGAAUGUCAACCCUCGUGGCCGAGGUGGCGGCGGCGCCGGCUCUGGACACACUCGACGACACUCGCUAGCUCUUGCAGAUGCCAAGAAGGCGGCCGAACUGGCUGAACAGAAGAGAAAGACUUCUGGCUUCCAGUUCCCUCUUCCCGGAGCCAGCGGAAGCUCUAAUCGGGAUGCGAGCCCCAGCGGUAACAGCGCCUCCAACGAUGGAGGCUUGCGAGGCGGCCGUGGUGGCCAUGGUCGCAGCCAGAGUAUGGCUGUUGGCCGUGGCGGUGGAAGCGCUGGCCGAGGUGGCCCUGCUUUCUCCUUCCCCGCUGCUAGCAGCGAGGCGAGCACCACUGCCCCUCCUACAACUAACAACACCAAUAACAACGCCAACAACAAUAACAACAAUAACAACAACACCAACCAGUCUGGCCAGACCGACUUCCAGCGCCGUGGUAGCCAAGGACAUGGCCGCGCAGCGUCUCGCAACUUCGAGGGCAACUGGAGGCAACCCCAAAACAACACCCAACAACAGCCUAGCCAGGAAACCCAGUCCCAGAACAUGGGCAACUUUAACAUGAACCAAACCGCCAAUGCCCCUCCUUUCCAACCUGGUCACCGCACUCGCGGGUCUGUGAACCAGUCUGUUGGCUCUCUUGGCAACUUCCAGUACGGCGGCCAGAAUCAGAUGAUGCAGAACCAGCAGGCGCAGCUCCUGCUCCAGCAACAGAUGUUCGGCGCUCAGGGUCUCAACCCGAUGCAGAUUGCACACCUGCAGGCGCUCCAGGCUGCUCAGAUGGGUGGCGGCAUGGGAGGUCUUGGAAACAGCCAGCAUGCUCAGCCCCAGAUGGGAAUGCAGCAAGGGAACCAGCAGCAGCGCAAGACGCUCUUCACUCCUUACCUUCCUCAGGCGACUCUGCCUGCUCUCCUUGGCGAUGGCCAGCUCGUUGCCGGUGUGCUCCGUGUGAACAAGAAGAACCGUAGCGAUGCUUACGUUACCACCACUGACUUGGAUGCUGACAUCUUCAUUUGUGGUAGCAAAGACAGGAACCGAGCUCUCGAGGGCGAUUUGGUCGCCGUUGAGCUGCUCGACGUGGACGAGGUGUGGGGUCAGAAACGUGAGAAGGAAGAGAAGAAAAAGAGGAAGGACAACGCCGAUCCUCGCGGCGGUAGUAUCGCUGUGAACGAUGCCACCACCCAACCCGAGUCCUCCAACGAGGGUGGCAUCCGUCGACGUGGCAGUCUUCGCCAGCGCCCUACGCAGAAGAAGAACGACGAUGUCGAAGUCGAGGGACAGAGCCUGCUUCUCAUGGAAGAGGAAGAGAUCAAUGACGAGCAGAAGCCGCUGUACGCCGGCCACAUCGUUGCCGUCAUUGAACGUGUUGCCGGACAGAUGUUCUCGGGAUCCCUCGGACUCUUGCGUCCCAGUAGCGCGGCCACUAAGGAGAAGCAGGAGGCUGAGCGACAGGCCCGCGAAGGAAACUCUGGCCGUCCGCAGCCAGAACGUCAGGACAAGCCAAAGAUUGUCUGGUUCAAGCCAACCGAUAAGCGUGUGCCUUUGAUCGCUAUUCCAACCGAGCAGGCACCAAGGGACUUCGUUGAGAAGCACCAGGAUUAUGCCGACCGUAUCUUUGUGGCAUGCAUCAAGCGAUGGCCCAUCACUUCGCUGCAUCCUUUUGGUACCCUUGUUGAACAGCUUGGAGUCAUGGGUGAACUUAAGGUGGAAACCGAUGCUCUCCUACGCGACAACAACUUUGGUCCGGACGACUUCUCGGAUGCCGUCAUCAAGAACGUCGGUUUCGAGGACUGGUCCGUCGCCAAUGAUGGCGAGACUGCGCUGGAGAAUCGCCGGGACUUCCGAAGCGAAGAGACCUUCACCAUUGACCCCAAUGGCAGCAAAGAGCUUGACGAUGCUAUCCACUUCAAGGACCUUGAUGAUGGCCGCGUUGAAAUCGGCAUCCACGUUGCUGAUGUUGCGCACUUCAUCAAGGCCAACUCGCUUGUCGACCGUGAGGCCAAGAAGCGCGGCACUGCUGUUUACCUCAUGAACCGCACUGUGAACAUGCUUCCUCCUAGGUUGUCCAACGACAUCUGCUGUCUAAACCCUGGAGAGGAUCGUUACACCGUCAGUGUUGUCUUCAAGGUUGACCCCAAGACCGGCCGCAUUUCCGAGGAUGAGACCUGGGUCGGCAAGGCUGUGAUCAAGAGCUCUGGAAAGCUGACGUAUGACGAGGUCGAUUCCGUUAUCAACGGAGGAGAGGCCCAGGUCAACGCGGCCCGUGCUAAGGACAUCAAGACGCUUCAUCACAUUGCACAGAAGCUUCGCCAGGCCCGCUUCGGUGGCCGUACUGAAGACGCUCCUUCCCUUCGCCUUAUGUACCAACUCGACGAUGAGAACGUCCCAGUCGAGCAGAACAUAUUCGACUCUUCUCCCGCUCACGAAUGUAUCGAGGAGCUGAGUCACAUUGCUAACGCUUUCGUCGCCAAGAAGCUCGCAGCGGCUCUUCCUGAAAAGGCACUUUUGCGUCGUCAGCAAUUCCCAAACCCUCGUCGCUUGACCACCAUCGCCGACCGUAUGGGCGCCAUUGGCUACCAGAUCGAUACCGAGAGCAGUGGAUCGCUGCAGAACAGCCUGUUCCAGGUCGAAGACGACGACAUCCGAAAGGGUAUGGAGACUCUGGUGAUCAAGUCGAUGCCCCGUGCGAAGUACUUUGUUGCUGGUAAGCUUCCAGAGGACCAGUACCCCCACUACGCCUUAAACUUGCCUCUUUACACCCACUUCACCAACCCCUCGCGCCGCUAUGCCGACAUCAUUGUGCAUCGCCAACUCGAGGUUGCUUUGUCCGACGGCGCAGUCGAGUUCACCGAGGAUAUUGAGGCUCUUGCGAAGACUGCCGAGAUGUGCAACACCAAGAAGGACUCUGCUCAUGCUGCUCAGGAGCAGAGCGUGCAUAUUGAGGCUUGUCGCAAGAUGGACAAGGUCGCCAAGGAGCAGGGAGGCGAGCUCAUUAGUGAGGGUAUCGUCCUUUGCGUCUACGAGUCCGCUUUCGAUGUUCUCAUUCCAGAGUGGGGCUUCGAGAAGCGCGUCCACUGCGACCAGCUUCCUCUCAAGAAGGCCGAGUUCGACAAGAACACUCGCGUGCUCGAACUAUACUGGGAGAAGGGUGUCCCGUCCUCUGCAUACGUACCUGAGGAUGAGAGGCCGAAGCACGGUUCGGUCCGAGCUGCGAAUGCGGCGGCAGCGGCGCGUGACGCUGAGGCGGCCAAGCAGCGCGCGAAGGAGCAGGAGGAAGCACAGCGCAGGCAGAUGGACACUGGUACCAUCUCCACCACUGACGUUGAUGCUCUGUUCGACGAUGACGAGGAUGACGAUGACUCGAACGACUUGAACUCGACAAUGGCAGGCGUCUCUCUGAACCCAGACCGACCAACCCAGAGCAUGCCGCCUUCGCCGACUAGGCGCGAGCUUCCCGGCCAAGGUCCCCACCGCGUCAACUCUGACUCGAAGCUCACCAAGAGCGUUAGCGAGGCUCCCGAGGCCAAGCUUUCCAACAAGGAGAAGUACCUUAACUGGUUUACCCUGCGUGAGCAGAAUGGCGACUAUAUCCAGGAUGUGCGUGAGAUGACACGUGUGCCAGUCAUCCUUAAGACGGAUCUGACCAAGAGCCCUCCAUGCUUGACCAUCCGAUCGCUCAACCCGUAUGCUCUUUAA